AUGCUGCAUGUCGUCUGCCUCGAUCUAGGCUCCAGCACGCAUCAUCAAGGCGCCGCCCACAAUGGUUCGGCACUGGCCUUGAUGCUCGUGUUCGAGGGCUCGAUACUUCUUGAAGAGUUCGUCACCGACUCCGGGGUCAAGCCGUCCUCGGAUUUCGGUGAUGAAACCGCGGAGGAAUUGUGCAUGUUCCUCAGUUUUAUAGAACUCUCUCGUCUGCUCAGGAGCAACCAUGUCGGUCUAAUUGAUCAUGAGAUAGAGAUCAAGCUUCUCAGGACCAUCGCCGAAAGUUAUUCUGAUGGCGGCGACAAUGUCAAGAUCCUCGUCGCUCUCGAAAAGACCUGA